CAGUGGAAGCCCUGUCACAAACACAAAUGUACCUCAUCGAAACCCUUAUUGCAGCGCGUUGCAUAGCAGUCUAUGUUGGGUAAACACAAUGGAUUCUGAAAUAACUAAACUACUCUGCGCAAAUUAUGGUUCAAUGAAUGUCGAUGAAUUAAUGGUCAACAUUUCUUUGGGCGACUUAAGUGAGCUGUGGAACGCGAUUGUCAAUCGAGAAAGAUUUUCUAUCGCAGUUGUUGACGGAGAGCGUUCACUUAUAGCAAAAACCACAGUUCGACUGUGCAUGUCCAAAGAUUGUCAUGGUUGUAUCAAAUUACACCUAUGUAAACGAUUUUUAUUAGGAGUUUGUCACAGAUCGGUGUGUCGCUUUGGACAUGAACUCUUCACCGCUCAAAAUGCCAAGGUUCUGAGAGAAAAUGGUUUAAAGGACCUGGACAGAGAUGAACUUUGCACCUUGUUACUCUUAAAUGACAACUCACUCUUACCCCCUGUGUGUCACUCCUACAACAACGGUGUGGGAGAGUAUGGGAAGUGCCCUGAUGGUGAGAACUGCAGGAGGAUGCACAUCUGUGAGAACUAUCUCCGCGGCGCAUGCAGCUGUCCACGGGCGCACGAUUUCUUCGAGCCCCACCCUCUGAAGACCCUGCAGGACAGAGGAGUCCCCAACCACAUCAUUGGACGCAUCAAGUCCAUCUACACCAGCAUCGAGGCUCUGAGACACCAGGAUCGGGCAGAACACGGCAAUCGCCAUCGACCAUCAGCCGGGGCCGCACGAGCAGACAACAGGGGACCGAACAGAGGGACGCAGAGGGGGAAAGACAAAACUGAGAUAUGUAUGUACUAUGUCAAGGGCAGCUGCAAACAUGAUGACAGGUGCUUUAAGGUCCACUCCACCCUGCCGUACCAGUGGGAGGAGAAGGAGGGGAGGCAGUGGACAGCCCUACCCAACAACGAGGAGAUUGAGAAGGACUACUGUGACCCAUCAAAGAUACACAGUCAGGGACUGGAGCCGGUGUGUUUUGAUGACAUGACCUGCGACCUGAACAAGGCCAGACGUCUGUCAACCAUCUCGUCCAUCCUCCAGCCCAACUUCAUCCUCACUACUGAGUGGCUGUGGUACUGGCAGGAUGAGUCUGGAAACUGGAUCCAGUAUGCUACAGCAAGUGCAGCCCUCAGGACGGCCAGCAUCACCAGUGAGGAUCUGGAACAGAGGUUCCAAAGUGACGACAAGUCAGACAUGGAUUUCACUGCAGGGUCUCAGAGCUACACUCUCAGUUUCAAAGACAUGAUGCAGACAAACAAGAGAUAUGGUACCAGAAGACCUGUGAGAAGACGGCCCAAAUUUGUGUCUUCGUCUGAUGCACAAACAAUCAAAACCAGCAAAAGAAUGCCCAACAAUCAAUCCAAUUUCAAAGCCUUACCAGGGCACUGGGACAAGGGUCAAACUCCUGACACAGGAUUCAAGAAAGUUCUCCUCCAGACGUCAGCAUUUGAGUACAAAGAGAUGGAGCAGCUUUUCACCAGUACUGUCAGAGACCUACGCAUUCACAAGAUUGAGAGGAUUCAGAACCGAGCGCUUUGGGAGGUCUUUCAGUGGCAAAGAGAUCUGAUGAAGAAGAGCAAUGUUGGAAAUAGUCCAACAGAGAAGAAGCUCUUCCACGGCACAGACUCCAAGUACAUCGAUGCUAUCUGUCACAGCAACUUUGAUUGGAGGAUCUGUGGAACGCAUGGGACUGCGUAUGGAAAAGGGAGCUACUUUGCCAAGGAUGCCAAAUACUCUCACAGCUACACAGGCCAGUCAUCUGUCAAGUCCAUGUUCGUGUGUCGUGUGUUGGUGGGAGACUACACCAGAGGAGACUCCAGCUACCUCCGCCCUCCCUCCAAAGAUGGAGGAGACACUGUCUUCUACGACAGCUGUGUAGACAACGUAACAAACCCCUCCAUCUUUGUGGUGUUUGAAAAACACCUGGUCUACCCAGAAUACCUCAUCACGUAUGGCGAUCAACCCCAUGUCCUGGACUUGCCACACCAGGCAUACAACCGUCCAGUCCCAGCUUCAGUCUCUGUCCCAGGCCCAUUCUCAGCUCCAAUCCUUACACAAGCCCCAGUUAUAUUCCCAGCCACAGCCUCAGCCCCAGCUCCAACCCCUGCACGAGCCCCAGCUAUAUUCUCACCCCCAACCCCAGCUCCAACCCCUGCACGAGCCCCAGUUAUAUUCUCACCCCCAACCCCAGCUCCAACCCCUGCACGAGCCCCAGUUAUAUUCUCACCCCCAACCCCAGCUCCAACCCCUGCACGAGCCCCAGUUAUAUUCUCACCCCCAACCCCAGCUCCAACCCCUGCACGAGCCCCAGUUAUAUUCUCACCCCCAACCCCAGCUCCAACCCCUGCACGAGAUCCAGUUCUAUUCCCAGGCACAUCCUCACGUACCACUGUGUCUCCCUCCCACAAUAGUCAGAUAGAGCAAGAUUCCCAGCUGGCCAAACUUCUCCACCUGAGAUACAACUUUCUACCAACAGAUCCAUCCUCAACCUCAGCCUCAUGUACCACAGUGUCCCCCCCCAACAAUAGUCAGAUAGAGCAAGAUGCCCAGCUAGCCAGACGUCUCCACCUGAAAUACAACGUUCUGCCCCCGACCUCAGCCACGGCCUCAGACCCAAAGCCCUCUCCGGCUCCGGCUCUGGCCUCAGACCCAGAACCAGACCCGGACACAGAACCUUCCACAAUGUAUUUCAAACAACAAAAAACUAAGAAAGACAAAUGUCUAAUCAGCUAAAAUCUCAAAUGAGUGUCUAGUAAACUAUUAAACAUUAACUAGCAACAAAUCAGAAUGAUUAAAAUCACUAUUUUCUGGAUGAGCAGAAAAGUAUGCUUUUUUUGUUUUGUUGAAGCUUGUCCGAACAAUUGUAAUGCAGCUUUACUACAAGUGUUAAAUCAUGCUAUUCUUUCAUAGUUACAGAUUUCAAUGGCAUUUGAACUCUUUUAUAAUGGGGUUGUUAUUGCACACACAGGAUAAUCAUUUUGAUGAAAUGUAACCUCAGCAUCACUGUAAAACUGAUUAUGAUAAGUUAAUUAUGGAUUGAUUGAACACAUACGUUACAUAGUACCUUACACUAAAGCAGGAAUGUAUUUAUCAAUUUUCUCCCUUGUAUAUUUUAAUAUUUUCACUUUUCACACAGGACUAAUAAGGACAAAAAAAUAAACUGACAGGACGUCAGCGUGUAUCUCUUUUAGUGAAAUUGUUGGGUUAUUUAUUCACAGCUAGUAG